GGAUGACAGAUCAUAUUUAUUAUUUUUUAACGACAAUUUUGAUGAUAGAAAUUAGCCCGAAAAUUACUAAUUAUGAUCCAAAUAUAUUUAAAACGUUCAAUGAUACUAUUAAGAAGAUCAAAACGAAUAACUAUGAGGUAUCUUCAUUCGAAGACAAAGAGGUAAAUGCACAAAAAGUUAAGAUAAAAACAGUAAAUGAAUUUAUAAGUGCUGCUACUGUUAAUAAAAUAUCUAUAAAUAUUGACCAAAGAGCGCUUAGAGAAACUAAAUAUUGGUUUCUCGAAUGGUACGAAUACUUUUUUGGGAAUUCACAAGAAAAUAAGAUUCAAGUAGAUCCUCGUAAAAAAAAUAUUAUAUCUCCAAAAACAUCUAAAGUGAUAUCGUCAACCACCUACAAGUCUCAGAAUACAAAUGAUUUUGUACAAGGAGUUCUUUUGAUUCUAUUUACAAUGUUUAUGGCGACUGCAAUGGUGCUUAUGUAUGUUUUAGUAACGCCAGCUGUUAAAAAGUUGCUCGAAGACGGCGGGUGGGCAAUUCUGAUUCCGGCGUUAAUGCUGUGCGCCCUAUAUUGCGGUGUAGUGUGUGCGAAUCCAAGACAAUCGUCUUGCGCCUUAAUUUUCUUGUACUUUGAGGUUUUCACGUCGAGUGCGAUUUUGUCACAAAUAACAUCACAGUGGAGUACAUAUAACAUUUACUAUGGCGUUAUAGCAUCGACGAUAGUUGUGUUUGUUUGUCUUCUAUUGGCCUAUACUGAUUUCAACUUGUCUAGUUGGAUUUUACACGUGAUUGUUAUUGGAAGUACGUUCGUCGCAAUUGCCGUCAUAGCGUUGGUGGUGUUUCAAGUAACUCAUACUUGUAUAGAGCACACGUCACUAACUAAUCUGGUUAUUGGAACAUUGAUUCAUGUUGAAAUGCUUAUAAUACAUCUUCAGUUAAUUCUGAGCGGCGAAUCGUUGAAAUUGAAUGAGACUGAUUACUCUUUGGGUGCUUUUUUACUGUACAUUUCCAUCAUCAUUAUCCCUUUGAAGAUUGUUCUUGGUAUCGCUUUAAAAUUAACUCAUGAAGAGAGAUAUUACUAACAUCUUGAAUACGAGUGUUACUUUCUUGUUUGGAUGUGACUUACGAAUCUAAAGUAUUGCAUUUAGAACUCAACGAAUAAAUUAUCAGGUCCUAUAAUUUGAAUAUAUAUUGAAAGAGGCAAUGAUGCAGCAGAUAAAGGCGACGCAGAAGACAAUAUAUCUAAAAUUGACAUUGAAAGUAUUGAAUCAGAUGCU